AUGACAUCUACCAUACAGAGCAUUGCCAACGCUAUCCCUUCCUUGGGAAGAGCUAGGCUGCUUAUCAAUUCUGCAGACGAUGUGGUCAUCGUUUCAGCCGUCAGGACGGCAAUCACCAAGGCAAAGAAGGGAGGUUUCAAAGAUUGUCUCCCUGAAGACCUACUCGCAGCCGUGUUGAAAGAGACUUUGAAAAGAAGUAAGAUUGAUCCUGCCAAGAUUGAGGAUAUUGCCGUUGGGAAUGUCCUUCCACCUGGAGGAGGAGCAAACGUAGCUCGUAUGGCUCAGCUCUACGCCGGGAUCCCAUAUACUACACCCAUCAAUACUGUCAAUCGACAAUGCUCCUCCGGUUUGACGGCUGUCGCCCAGAUCGCUAAUGAAAUCAAAUCUGGUGAGAUCGACAUUGGAAUCGGCGCUGGAGUAGAACAUAUGACCGCCAACUAUGGCGCUGGAGUACUGCCUGAAAGGAUGUCGGAUGAAGUUCUUUCCAACCCUGAAGCAGCGGAUUGUCUCGUUCCAAUGGGUAUCACCAGUGAGAACGUUGCCAAGCAGUAUGGGAUUUCCCGAGAUACCCAAGAUACCUUUGCCGCGAACUCAUUUGCUAAGGCUGCCGAAGCGCAGAAGUUGGGUAAAUUCAAGAGUGAGAUCGUGCCUGUCAAGGUGAAAUGGACCGACCCCAAAUCGGAAGAAGAAAAGGAGAUUAUCGUCGAUUCGGACGACGGUAUACGAGCAGGUGUGACCAAAGAAUCUUUGGCAAAGCUCAAACCUGCCUUUUCAGCCGAUGGCAGUACUCACGCUGGGAACGCAUCUCAAGUUUCCGAUGGUGCAGCUGCUGUAUUGCUGGCUAGACGAUCCGUAGCUCAGAAAUUGGGUCUUCCAAUCUUGGGGAAAUUUGUCACUUCUGCCGUUGUGGGUGUUCCGCCGAAGCUCAUGGGCAUCGGCCCCGCAUUCGCCAUUCCCAAAGUCUUACAAAAAGCCGGUAUAUCCAAAGACGACGUAGACUUUUUCGAAAUCAACGAAGCUUUCGCUUCUCAAGCAGUCAUGUCCAUUCAACAUCUUCAUAUCCCCUUUGAAAUUGUCAACCCGGUCGGAGGUGCCAUUGCCAUUGGUCAUCCAUUGGGAUGUACGGGUGCUAGGCAGAUUGCAACGGCUCUAGCUGAAGCGAAGAGGGAGAAUAAGAAAGUUUUCGUCACUAGCAUGUGUAUUGGUAGUGGGAUGGGAAUGGCGGCUGUUUUCGUCAAUGAACAGUGA